CUUAAGUGCGACGGUUGAAGGAAAGUGGUUUUUAUAGUCGUCAACCUUUGUGAGGAUUGCGCAGCGUGGUGUUUCUGUGCACGUUCAUUCCCGGAAACUGUCUCGCCGAAGGAAGUAGGCGAUAAAGAGCAGACAUGUACGGACUGAUCUUCGAGAACUUGAGCCAGUACGUGACUUCGGUCUACGGGGCCGAACGCUGGGAGGAGAUCCGGCGCCGGUCAAGGAUCGAUCUGGCGACGUUCAGUACGCACGAGGUGUACCCGGACAACUUUGUCCACAAGCUCGUCAGCAAGGCGUGCAAGGUGCUGAAGAUCAGCGAACGGGACUUCCUCGAAGGCAUGGGCGUCUACUUCGUCUCGUUCCUGGCCCAGUACGGCUACGACCGCGUCCUGUCCGUGCUCGGUCGCCACAUGCGCGACUUCCUCAACGGACUAGACAAUUUGCACGAGUACCUCAAGUUCAGCUAUCCACGCAUGAAGGCGCCCUCGUUCUUCUGCGAGGACGAGUCCUCCACGGGACUGACGCUGCACUACCGGAGCACGCGGCGAGGGUACCUCUGGUACACCAUCGGCCAGAUCAAGGAAGUGGGCCGUCACUUCUACAAUACCGAAGUUCAAGUGGAUGUCCUGAAGGAGGAGUCCAUUUUCAACACACUACACGUCAUCAUGAGGCUCAGCUUUGACAAUAUGGCUUACCAACCACCGUCAUUAAAGCUGUUGGAAAACAAUAUAGACGUAUCGGCGAGGGUCCUGGACUCCUUAAUAAGAAGUCAUCGAGUGGGCACUCAGGAUGAAGAGGACAUGGUGAGCAGAACUCUGCUACCGGUGAAGGCAUUCGUGUUCCUCGAAAUCUUCCCUUUCUGCGUCGUGUUCAACGAGAGCCUGACCAUCACCAACAUCGGCAACAGCCUGCAGGCCGUAAUGCCCGCCGUGGUCGGAAAGCGCAUUCCCGAAGUAUUCGACCUCACCAAGCCGAUGGUGGAAUGUUCCUGGAAGUCGAUCAUGGGCCAUACAAAUAACGUGUUCGAGCUCACUUCCCUUGAGGCGGUACGAGCCCGGUGCAACCUGGAAAACAACCCGGACAACGUGUCUCAAUGUGAUUUCAGCGAGAACGGAGACUUCAAUUACGAGGACGCACUGCUGCACCUAAAGGGACAGAUGAUGUACAUGGACGAAUGGAAAAGCAUGGUGUACCUAGCAACACCAGUGAUGCGCGACCUGGAGACAAUGGUCUUGACGGGACUCUACAUCAACGACCUCAGUAUGCAUGACUUCAGCCGCGACAUGGUGCUUGCCGGACAGCAGCAAUCUGCUGAGCUCAAGCUCGCGCUAGACCAGGAGCUCCAGAAGAGCCGUCAGUUAGAGGAGUCUAUGCGCAAGCUGGACAUUGAGAUGAAGCGGACCGACGAGCUACUCUACCAGAUGAUCCCCAAAACAGUAGCCGACCAGCUGCGAAGUGGAGAGACUUCUGUCAACACCUGCCAGUACUUCGACUCGGUGACCAUUCUGUUCAGCGACGUGGUCUCGUUCACGGAGAUCUGCAGCCGCAUCACACCCAUGGAGGUGGUCUCUAUGCUCAACUCCAUGUACUCCCUAUUCGACGAGCUCACUGAAAAGCAUGGUGUCUACAAGGUGGAAACCAUCGGCGACGCGUACAUGGUAGUGUCCGGUGCCCCUGAACCGGAGCCCCACCAUUCGGAGAGGAUUUGCGAUAUGGGGCUCGCCAUGGUGAAGGUGAUAGGCGACCUUAAGGAUCCCUCUACAGGAAAAAGCCUCAAGAUACGUGUUGGUGUCCAUUCUGGCGCCGUGGUGGCCGGUGUUGUAGGCCUGAAAAUGCCGCGGUACUGCCUGUUCGGCGAUUCCGUCAAUACGGCAUCGCGAAUGGAAAGCACUAGUGAGGCCUUGCGGGUGCACAUCAGUCAGAAGACGAAGGAGCUACUGGAUGAAUCAAAGUGGCUGAUUCAGGAACGCGGAACGGUGGACGUGAAGGGCAAAGGCUCGAUGAAAACCUAUUGGCUCCAGGGAAAGAAAGGCCAGGCCAACGUCAACCGGCGAUACCCGGACGCUCCGACUGCCCUGUCCACCAAGCAGGAGUCGAAGCGCCGUAAGUCCUCUGUCGGGGCCCGCUCCGUGUAUUCGCCCGUGACGUAUGAGGAGAUAGCCAAGCACUCGCCGUCCAGUACGCCUCCACCCCACGGAGGAGCGAACACGACGUUGACCAAGCCCACCGCGGGCGACAUCACGGGCCCCACGGAGAUGCCCAAUGGUUCUUCACCCAAGCGUCGGACAAUGAGCGUCGCUCCCACGACCACGCCGGUGAACGCUUCGCCCCGGGAGACCAACGGACGGCCCACUCCUCGCAAAACUGCGUGGACCGAGCUUGAGCUGAAGGUUCCUACACAGCCCCUGUCUCCAGCGUCGGUAGUUACCGUGCCGCCGCCAGCCAUGCUGACCGCCGUCGGACUGCAGCCGCCGUGCCAGCAUUGCACACACUGUCACAACAACUACAAUCAGCAGCAACGGAGGCUGACCGACGCUUCGUCGGCCGAAUCUAGGGGUGACAAGCUGGGCUGCUGGGCAUCGUCACCGCCUCAUCGGGCUGGCGUCGGCGGCCAUCUAGCUCCGAGCGCAAGUGCCGGUGCUGGUGCGGGUUGUUCUAUAUUGUGAGGAAGAACACUUGGAGUGCCAAUGAGAACCAACCAGCAGAUGUCCAUAAACACAGAACUUACGGGCACCUGAACCGACUUGUUCAGUAGUGUUAUUUAUUGAAUUUCAAAAUGACGUUUGUCCGGGCGACAUUUGGGAGUGUUUUCGGCGGGACGGACCUGAAUAUCAACGCUUGCAUGUUAUGAAACAGUGCACUUGCAGCCAGAUGACCGCUACAUGGUUGUCAUUCAUCGAAAGCAAGCGCUUGUUUCUACACUUGGAGAGACCUGUGAAUCAGUCGUUAAGGUGUAUGACAGAUGGUUACUCAGAAUCUGCAGAAAGCAGGUGACAUCUUUCUGUAACCCACCUAGCCAAGAAUCUCCGGUCACAUGAACCUAUCAGGUAACAAAUAUCUCGAAAGAACAACUACACUACGUAAGUGCCCGAUACAACCGCACUACGUCAGUGAAAAAAGAAACAUUCCGGUGUGCAUCCUCAGGCGGUGCUUCUGGGCAUCCGGAAGUCUAUAGUUUUGCGAAGAUUUUA